AUGAAGUACACUACUGUCCCUCUCAUUGCUCUUGUGGGUCUUUCCAGCGCGAUCCCUCGCCCUCAAUUCAGCAUUCCAGGGCUCGGUGGUGCUAGCGGAGGCCUUCCGGGCCUCAGUCCUGGUGGUAGUGGUCCAGGGCUUGGAUCUGGUGGUGGUAUCCCAUGGCUUGGACCUGCUGGUGGUCUCCCAGGGCUUGGUUCUGGCUCUGACAUUGGAUCUGGCCCUGACCCUGGACCAGAAUCUGGAUCUGGCUCUAGCUCGGGACAGACGCCUGCGCUCCCAACAAGUCCCAAUGCAACAGCCCCCCCUUCUGGCGCAGCUGAGGACGGUAGAUCAGAGUGCACGCCUGCGGCUGGUGGAGGAGCGACUGAGAAUGGGCUCCAGAACAAGGGCUGCUGCACUGACAUGACCAUUAUCUUUGCUCGUGGGACAGGGGAGCUGGGUAAUGUUGGCACUUUGUCUGGACCGCCCAUGUUCAAGGCCAUUAGGUCAGCACUAGGAGCCAACCGCGUGAUGGUUCAGGGUGUCGACUAUCCUGCCUCUGCUGCUGGCAACAUCAACCAAGGCGCAGAUGGUGGCAAAAUCAUGGCAAGCCUCGUCCAAACAGCUCUUUCUCAGUGUCCAGACACCAAGAUUAUCGUCUCUGGAUACAGUCAAGGCAGCAUGGUGGUGCACAAUGCCUUCGGGAACGGGCUCUCUACGUCUAAGGUUGCUGGUGCGGUCCUCUUCGGUGACCCAUUGAAGCGUUCGCCAGUUGGUGAUAUGCCAGCAAAUAAAGUUAAGCAAUUCUGUGGUACUUCCGAUAUGAUCUGCGGUGGUGGAGGGGAUGGAGGUGCCACUGGAAGUCACAUCAGCUAUGGCAGUUCAGCAAACAUCGCUGCAAGCUUUGCAAUCCAAGUUGCUGGCCUCUCUUGA